CGCGCAUCAAGGUUGUUCACCUGAAGAGAGAGAGAGAGAGAGAGAGAGAGAGAGAGGAUGGACGCGGCCUUCAAGAGAGUGAGUGGAAACCCCGGUCCGGAGGAGCUGGACACCGGGCAACGGAGGAGGUGCUCCAUGUACCUGGAGGAGGAGACCAGCAAGAAGUCCGACGUGAUCACCUGCAUCUUCUCCCUGAAGGAGGAGGUCGGAGCUUUAGCCCGGGGCCUGCGACUCUUUGAGGAGAAGGGCAUCAACCUGACGCACAUCGAGUCCCGGCCGUCGCGGAUGAACAAAGACGAGUUUGAGUUCUUCAUCAGCGUGGACGCCAGCUGCUCCCAGGCGCUGGACGACGUCAUCGACGGCCUGCGCACGCAGAUCAGCGGCCACGUGUACGAGCUGUCGCGCAACAAGCAGAAGGACACGGUGCCGUGGUUCCCGAAUGACAUCCAGGACUUGGACCGCUUCGCCAACCAGAUCCUCAGCUACGGCUCCGAGCUGGAGUCUGAUCACCCGGGCUUCACAGAUGCAGUGUACAGAGCCCGCAGGAAGGAGUUUGCCGACAUCGCCUUCAGCUACAGACAUGGCCAGGUCAUCCCCCAGGUGGAGUACACGGAGGCGGAGAAGCUGACGUGGGGGACGGUGUUCAAGGAGCUGAAGACCCUGUACCCGACUCACGCCUGCCACGAACACAACCGCGUCUUCCCCCUGCUGGAGAAGUACUGCGGCUACAGGCAGGACAACAUCCCGCAGCUGGAGGACGUGUCCCGCUUCCUGCAGUCGUGCACGGGCUUCCGGCUGCGCCCGGUGGCCGGCCUGCUCUCGUCCCGGGACUUCCUGGCCGGACUCGCCUUCCGCGUCUUUCAUUCCACGCAGUACAUCCGCCACGGCUCCGAGCCCACGUACACACCGGAGCCGGAUAUCUGCCACGAGCUCCUGGGACACGUUCCUCUGUACGCCGACUCCAGCUUCGCCCAAUUCUCACAGGAGAUCGGCCUCGCGUCCCUCGGGGCUCCGGAUGAGUUCAUUGAGAAACUUGCCACCGUGUACUGGUUCACCGUGGAGUUCGGCCUCUGUAAGCAAGGCUCGGAGAUCAAAGCGUACGGCGCCGGCUUGCUUUCAUCGUUUGGCGAGCUGCAGUACUGCUUGUCGGACAAGCCCCAGAUUCUGCCCUUCGACCCGGCCAAGACCAGCCUCCAGAAGUACCCCAUCACGGAGUACCAGCCCGUGUACUUUGUGGCGGAGAGCUUCGAGGACGCCAAAGACAGAGUGAGGAAGUUUGCCUCCACCAUCCCGCGGCCCUUCACGGUGCGCUACAACGCCUACACCCAGAGCAUCGAGGUGCUGGACAACACGCAGCAGCUCAAGAACCUGGCCGACAGCAUCAACAGCGAGGUGGCGAAACUGUGCGAAGCCCUGAGGAAACUGGAAUAACAUUUAAUCUGAGAUCUCCUCUUUCAUUCUGAUUGGCUGCCUGCAAGUUCAGCAUUAUUUGUAUUAAAACUACCAAAUAAUAUCAAUUUAGCUGUAAUCCAAACCGAGUGGAGCCUGUUACUUCCGUAGGAUGAUGAUGAUGAUGAAUGGGUGUGUAACAGCUUUAAAACAAAUGUUACUGUCAAUUAUAUUUCAAUAAAAGUGUUUUUUAAGAUGCAUGUUUUUCAAAAUAAGAGGGUUUAGUCGAUCAACAUUUAUCAAAACCCUCUGAGGCUCUUUUGUAAUUUGUGAUUCUGGGAUACAAAAAAUAAACUGAUUUAAAACUCAUUAUGUAAACAUCAAAUUGUUUAUCUCGUAGGCAUUUCAGACCGAGCAGCAUAUACGGCAUUUUGCUUGGCUACAUUUUAUGUUUUUGUGUAUGCAUGAAAUGUUUUGAUGACACAAAUAAACAUUUCUCUUCUCACUCUGUCA